UCUUCAAAAUUCCUAAACUUUAGGAUUUUUUUAGUUCAAGAAUUGUGAUUCACGAAUUGACAUGUCAAUGUCAAAAUAAUUUCGCGGCUGUAAGUUUGUGUUCCAUAGUGCUGCUGUUAAUUUUCAAAUUAUGGGAAGUGGCAAGGUAAGUUUUGUGCUGGGAACCGAUCGGGAAUGCAUUUUGAGUUGGCCGACGAAACUUUCCACGUGGCCACCCGGAUCCGGUGCAGCCCCGGCUGGGUCGGCAGGUGUUGGCGACACUCUGUCCCUCGAAGUGUGCUGGACCCGAACUGGACGCUCCCCUUGCAGAACAGGGAACCACUUUUUGAGUGCCAAAGAGAACGGAACCCGGAGCAUCUUAAUUAGAGGAAGUGUGGCUCGCGUGUUUGUGGAAGAGGAGGAGGAGGACGGAACCUUCAACUCCCGGCGGGAUUAAAAAAGCCGCGUUUUCCCUCUCGUGCCCUAGAGGACGGAUGUUUGCGGAAGAGCUGGAAAGGGGAAGUAUAAAGGAACCCCAACCGGGGGAAUUGUGCGACCCAAAAUUGUAUCCAGUUUGAGGUUGGCGGUUUGGUUGGGCGUUGCGGGUGUGUGUCUGUGCGUGAGGGUAUGUAUGCGUGUGUGAAAGUGCGCUUGUGCUCGUGUGUGUAUGAGAGAGUGGUAGGGUAGAGGAAGAGAAAGACAGAGAAAAUGGGAGAGAGAAGAGGAGAGGGAGAGAAAA